AUGGCAGCUACAAAGAGGCCAAUCCUGCGGGCGCAUUUUACAGAUUCUGAGUCGACGAGUCCCUCGUCCCCGGCCGACAAUGACUUCCUGCGGCGUAUCGAAGCUUUGGUGGGCAAGUCGGUCGCCGUCACCAGAGCUCCUAAACUCAGAAGAUUGAUGAUGGUGGUCGCCUUCCUCACAACCUGUUCGAUCAUUCUAUGGAUUAAGGUCAUUGCUCCUAUCAUCGAGGAAGGGAGAUCUGCAUGGUCCGCUCUCAAGUCAAAUUCCACGGGUGCAGGCACUGUGAGCGAGGCCAGCCAUCCCAAGUUCCCGGGCAUGGUGUUCGUCAAGACACUAGAUCCGGCGUUGCUUCCACAAUCUUCCCCAGAUGACGCUGGCCCCCGCUCCAGGAAGAAGAGACUGGUGUUCGUUGGCGAUAUCCAUGGCUGCAGAGAGGAGUUGGAGGCCUUGCUGAAGAAAGUACAAUUUCAUCCUUCAACAGACCACUUGGUUUCGGUUGGAGAUAUUGUUUCUAAGGGACCAGACUCACUGGGGGUGAUUGAUCUAUUGCGACGUUACAAUGCUUCAUGCGUGCGUGGGAACCAUGAUGACCGCCUUCUGUUGGUUGCGCAAAAACUCCGAUCAAGAGCGUCCGAGACAGGCGCGGACCCGGUCGCAGAACUAGAUUCAAUUGACACGUCUACAAAAGCAGGUGAUCCUGUGCAGAAGUUGGCAAGGUCGCUGAAGGCGAAGCAUCUGGAAUACCUGCGAUCCUGCCCUGUCAUUCUCCGCCUAGGGCCAUUGAAAGCAUUCAAUGGAGAUGCCGUGGUAGUUCACGGUGGACUCAUUCCGGGGCUCCCUUUGGAAUCCCAGGACCCUGUUUCGGCCAUGAAUAUGCGCAUUAUCGAUCUUGCUACGCGUAUACCGUCAAAGAAGCACAAGCAAAAAGGAAGUAUUGCUUGGUACAGAUUGUGGAACAGAUACCAACAGCUGCUUUCCAUCCGGCAGCGCUUCGGGGGUCUGAAAGGGGAGAAAGGUCGAGGACAUGGAAAACACAUGACAGUCAUUUAUGGCCACGACGCCAAAGCAGGCUUGCAAAUCCAUAAAUACACAAAAGGGCUCGACAGCGGCUGUGUCAACGGGGGUAAACUUACGGCUUUGGUCGUUGAUGGCAACGGAAAGCAAAAGCUUUUCCAAGUCGAUGGCAAGAACUAUAGAGAGGGAGCCGUACCUCCGGUUGAUGUUCUCAGAGAUGGCCCAUCUGCAGGUGAAAAGGCAGGCUGA